CUCAGCGAUACGGAAGUGACGAUAUUGCCUGCCGAAGGCUACGUUGGAUCUGGAACCUCCGUUCCCGGAGAGCUCGGAGUCAUGGACUUCAGCAGCAUUCUCAGCAAAGCAACCGAGAACCGGGUGGAUGCCCAGCGCACGCAUGAAGCUAUGGAUAUCGUUUGUAGAGGUUCCAAUUUCUUUCCAUCACAUUUCAUGGCUGACCAGAAUCUCUCCUUUUACCACCUGCCAUUGGCGUACGUUGGAAGGAUUUGCAGGUUGAUACUCAACCUGUUUAGCCACAUUAUGAACAUGUCUUCUUUGAUCAUCAAGUCCUGGAGUGGGACUUGAACCUGGAACUUCUGGCUCAGAGGCAGGGCCACUAUCUCUACACCACAAGGCCUUCUUCAAAACAGUUACUACACUUAAAAGAAGCGUUAUAGCUUGUCAGUGAAACCUCUGAAAAAGUAUCCGCAAGUGAAAGAGGUUCAGUCUGCUGCAGUGCGAGCAUUCCUCAAACGCAAAGAAGAGGAGAUAAAAAAUAAAGAUCUAGAAGAAAGGCGGAGGAAGGCAGAGCUGAUUGCAAAACGAGUUGCAUUAAAACAUGAUCGUAAGGCGAGAGCGAUGGCUACCCGGACAAAAGACAAUUUCAGAGGUUAUGAUGGUACUCCUGUGGAACAGAAAAGCAAAAAGAAAACUUCUGAUGAUGAGGGAAAGGACCAAACAAUGGAUGACAGUAAUGAUGAAGAUUAUUACUAUGGUGGGGCACAGGUUGAGGAUGAAAUAUCUGAGGUAGAGGAUUCUGACGAGUUUGGAGAACAUUGGGAUGAGAGACCAGUUAAACGGCAACACACAGAGCCUGAGAGACCAGUUAAACGGCAACACACAGAGCCUGAGAUACUAGUUAAACGGCAACACACAGAGCCUGAGAUACCAGUUAAACGGCUUAAACGUCAACACAGAGAGCCUGAGAUACCAAGUAAGGAACCUAAGAGACUGUGCAGGGAACCUGAGAUAUCAAAUAAAGAACCUGAACAAUUGUGUAGAGAGGUUAAAAAACAUAAAGCUCCGAAAAAACCACCAUCAGCACCCAUGAACUUCUCAGAUCUCCUAAAACUGGCUGAAAAGAAACAGUUUGAGCCAGUGGAGCUUAAGCCAAUAAAAAAAGUAGAGGAGAAGCUAUACACAGCAGAGGAACUGAAAGAAAUUGAAUUUUUAGAGCGCAAACGACAAAAACAGAAUGACAGAAGGAAAUCUGAGAAAGAGGUCACAUUUUCACAUCCAGCUAGCUCAUCCAAGAAAGAGUCUUCAACUAAAGACAGUAAAAGCACAAAAUUAGUGCGAGGCUCAGGAGAGAAACUUGCUUCAUCCAGAGAGAGUAGCUCAACGACAUCGGUUCAUGGAAUUAACAAGAAGCCGAAAACUUCAUCUAGUGAAAAACCUCCAUCUUCAGUGUCUUACAAAGCACCUAUACAGGAAAAGUCCAGAUCUUCAGUAGGAGUUGGACAUUCCGCCUCCAAAAACUCCAGUAACAAUGGUGGGAAAACUGUACUAAACAGCUCAGCAAAAUCUGGAAAUAGCUCCCAGACACCAAACAAAGGACUGAAACCUGGAUCAAAUGGAACCCAUUCUGCAUUGUCUUCAAAAAACAGCCAGAAAAGAACAGAUCAGUCUACUUCAUCCAAGAAAAAUGAUAGUUCCUCCACAAGACAUGAAAGGACAGGUGGUUCAAAUCCAUUGCACUCCAAAAAUGCAAGCAGCUCAGCUCCUGAACGAUCCAAAAGUUCCAGUGGCUUGAGCCAAACACAACCAAGCAGUUCAGAUCAACCACGAUUGAGCAACUUGGGCCAACAGAGAUCUCGGGGUCUGGUCAGUUCUGGGGUUUCUCGUCCCAGCAGUUCAGUAAGUUUAUUUCCCCCGCAACCAAAAGAUACGAGCAAUUCAGGCCCUCCAAGGCAAAAGAAUGCAAGUAACUCUGGGUCUGUGCAAUCAAAAAGCUUGAGUGCCUCUGCAUCAAUACGGCCAGCCAGUUCUGGGUCAGUACGGCCGGCUGGUUCUGGACCGGUACGGCCCAGAAAUUCUUCAGGAAGACCUGGAAGUGGAGUUGGAGUGCCAAAGCCCAAAUGUACUGUAGUAGCAGAAACAAUAUCUUCAAAGAACUUCCCAUCACGGCCCAGCAAUGGACAGAUGAGCAAUAUGAGAUCACCACCAGGGUACAGACCAAUGGCGCGCCCGUCAGUAGCUCCUGCAAGGCCACUUAUGCCUAUAUCCUAUAAACGGAGGCUGGAGGAUGAUGAGGAUGAAUAUGAUUCGGAAAUGGAUGAUUUCAUUGACGAUGCUGGAGAAUCGCAAGAUGAAAUCUCAAAACACAUCAAGGCAAUUUUUGGAUAUGACCGCAGAAAGUACAAGGAUGAAAGUGACUAUGCUCUGCGAUACAUGGAGAGUAGCUGGAAAGAACAGCAGAAGGAAGAAGCCAAAAGCUUGCAGUUGGGUAUAAUAGAGGACGCAGAAGAAAUGAGAAAAGAGGAAGAAGAACUAAGAAGGAAGAAGAUGAAAGCUAAGAAACAACAGCUUUAGUUCAUUGAAAAAAUCACAAGAAAUUUAUUUAUUCUAUUUAUAUACAAAAUCCAAAAGUAAUAUGCACUAAAGUAAAGAAUUUACUUUGUAAACUAUGGAACUCAGUAGGCUGACCAAUUCAGUAACAGAUAUAAAUUAGCAUUUGAAUAAGUUGUGCUGAUAACAGGAAUAAUUUUACAUAAUUGUAUUGUGUAUCGCCAAAUGUUUUUUUUCAGUCCCUGGAUCUGAUGCAUUAGAUAAGAUGAUAUUGUGAAUUAAGUGAAUUUGUUCUUUAAUUUUAUGUAUUCCAUUAAUUUUAAUUGUGAGCCAAGGACCUUGGUUGCUUCAGAGUAUUGUGUAUAAUGUUAAUGGUUUUCACAUUUCAAGUUUAAGGGCAAAACCUUUUUGUGUCUUAAAAAUACACCAAUUAUUCAACUUUCUACUGGCCACCUCUGAUUAAUGUAAAAUUAGUUUUUUCUCCAGUUUUCAUUUUUGCUUAAGGGGAUUGGUGACUGCCUCUUUAUCUCUUGCAUCCACAUUCAAGUUCAGCCCAAACUCAUGGGACAAAUGUGUCCCCUGUCUGCUGGCUGUACAUGAGCUUAGUGUACAAAACUCUUUCCAAUUUCAUGUUAUAUUUGCAGUUGCACUCAGUGAAACCCCAAAAUGCUUGAAGUGGGAAAUGUAAUAAUAUCAAAAGAUCACAGGACUGUUCAGCUUAUUGAAGCUCAUCACUGACUCUCAAUUAUAGCAACAAAAUAGACUUUGAACAUCCUAAGUUUUUUGUCUCCUUUAUGCUAUCUAGCAGCUUAUUCCAAACCAUUGCAUUUUUGAGCAAGGAAAUUGUUCCAAACAAUUUUAAAUUUAAUUUUCACCAUUUUAAUUUUGUCCACGGGUCCUACUUUCUCAGCUUUGUGCAGUCAGGGUGCUCUUCUGUGGUUGAAACAGAAGGAAGAUGCAUUGUUGCAGCAGUUUAGAGAGCUUUGCUCUGCACCCGACCGUGUCAUACCUCCUCUAGAUAUGCUUGAUGCUGACAGUGGGUGCCUAAAAUGGAAAGGCAUUUUUCCAUCACUUUGAGCACAAUAUUUUUUUAAAACCAAAUAGGGCACUGAUGUGCUAAUGACAAGGUUAAAGAUCACAGUUUAAAAAAAAACUGGUAUAAUGAAAUACAUUUUGUAAGUUUUUGAGAAUGCCAGUAUAGUGCAUUAAAUAUAAUUGAUAUUCUGUACAAUAAAUUUUUAUUACAUAGUUUAUCAUA